CAUAAUGGGGGGUAUUUGGCUUCCUUUCCACACGUUUACAACUUCCCUAAAGACGUUUCUCAGAAUCAAUUCUUCAUUAAUUAAUUAAUUCCUUCGUUACUUUUAAUUGGAAUUUUAAGUAUCGUGAUUUGAGUGACGCUCCCUGCAAAAACAUUUCUGCCGUCGUCUAAAUUCGAUCGACAACACAGAGAAACGCACAAACUUUCCAUUUUUGUUGUUUUCUUCUUCAAGUUUUGCAUUUUUCAAUCACAAAUGCCCCUUAUAAUCUUCUCUCCCCAUCCCCAUUUUUUCAACCCUAAAACUUCAAUACACGAUUCUCCCUAACAUCACCUUACGGAUUUAUUCUUUAUAUAUAUAUAUAUAUAUAUAAAUCUAUACAGAUUACCAUUUUUUUUUUGUUAUAGCAAAAUGACGGCAACGAAAUCAUUGGGCCGAUUUUUCACUAUCGGCUUAGUGGCAUCGUGGUAUUCAUCCAACAUUGGGGUGUUGCUUUUGAACAAGUAUUUGUUGAGCAAUUAUGGCUUCAAGUAUCCGAUCUUCCUCACCAUGUGCCACAUGACCGCCUGUUCUCUGUUCAGCUAUAUUGCGAUCGUGUGGAUGAAGAUGGUCCCAAUGCAGACUAUAAGAUCUAGGGUUCAGUUCAUGAAGAUCUCUGCUCUCAGCUUGAUCUUCUGCGCCUCGGUUGUAAGCGGGAACAUUUCGCUCAGGUAUUUGCCAGUCAGCUUCAACCAAGCCAUCGGGGCUACCACGCCUUUCUUUACAGCCGUAUUUGCAUAUUUGAUGACGCUCAAAAGGGAGGCUUGGUUGACUUACGUGACGCUGAUUCCAGUCGUCACCGGGGUCAUCAUUGCCAGUGGGGGAGAGCCAAGUUUCCAUUUAUUUGGAUUUAUUAUGUGUGUUGGAGCAACAGCCGCAAGAGCACUCAAAUCAGUUGUUCAGGGGAUUCUGCUUUCUUCUGAAGGGGAAAAGCUGAAUUCUAUGAAUCUGCUCAUGUACAUGUCUCCUAUAGCUGUUGUGUUCCUACUUCCCACUACACUCUUAAUGGAAGAAAAUGUAGUUGGCAUCACAUUGGCACUUGCAAGAGAUGAUAUCAGAAUUGUCUGGUUACUGUUGUUCAAUUCUGCGCUCGCAUAUUUUGUGAACUUGACCAACUUUUUGGUCACAAAACACACCAGUGCUCUGACUCUUCAGGUCCUUGGUAAUGCAAAGGGGGCAGUUGCAGUAGUGAUCUCCAUAUUGAUAUUUAGAAAUCCCGUCUCUGUUACUGGAAUGCUUGGGUACACUCUGACAGUCAUUGGUGUUAUCCUCUAUAGUGAAGCCAAGAAGCGUAGUAAAUGAGAUAUUAAACUGGAAUCACAUCAACUACGAAAUCCAACUAUUCUGAAAUGUAAAAAGUUGCUACCUUGUGAAGAAGUUGAUACCAUGUUUGAAGAUGGAGCGUGGAUUUUGCCUGGGAAGGCUGGGAAAGCAUCAUUUACACCAGAAUCCGACACCUGAUUAGACAGAGUAUAAGUUUAAUAGGCGUUCUUAUGUAGAAAAGAUCUUUUUACCUUGCAUUCUUUCAACCAAGGAGCGUAAAAUCCGAACCACUAAGCAUGUUAAUUAAUUUUUGAUAUUCAUGAAACUAUACGACACUUCGUGAUGUCGCCCCUUAAUUAAUGGCUCAACUCAUUAUGGUCAA